GGAUCUGGAAAUGUAAACUGCCUCUGCCACGCAGUAUUUCUAUAUUUAGCGAUGAAACUCCACGUAUGGUCCGCGGCCCCUUUCGCCCACUUUCCAAAGCCAUAAAAUCUCUCAAUUUUCUGUUCACAGUGAGCUCAGCUCCUCUUGUUCUCUUCGAUAAGUAGAAAGCAGCACGAACUACUUCUCUUGAUCAAUAAUAACGAUGACUAGGGUUUGGGGUCUUCUAUAGCUUCCUUCUUCCUAUUCAUCCCUAAAAAGUUCAACUUUCGAAUCUGGGCACUUUCCCUGCUCCGUGGUUCCAUUUGCAAAGUGGGUCAUGUCUUGGUCUUUUCUUUAGACUAGUAAUUCUGGGAUGUUUGGGUUUUUCUUUGCAGUUCUGAAUCCGGCUGGAAUUUCCAUGAACUUUUUUUUUUUGAAAAAUUGCCUUACUGAUGAUUUCUGUCUCUUGUUUCUGAAUUCUGUAUGAAUGCUACUCAGCGUCAAUUGGGUUUGUGGGAUUGCAGGCAAUCUAGGAUUGGAUAAUUUGUUCAAUUUUGUGGAAUUUUGUGUAGAUGAACUUGAUGUUACGAUACUGGGUUCUUGAGCUGCUACUGUUGAAAGAUUUGAGGGACAGAUUUAUCCUUGUGAGACAGCUGAGAGCUUUCUAGCAUUUCGCUGAUUGGUUUCCACUGAAUCUUACUGUGAGUUGUGAGCCGAAAGCAGAAAGAGGUGUAAACAUUACUGUCAGAUGGAUGGAGAUGAAGGGUCCUUAAAUGACACAAAGUGCUCAACUGCAGCAGAAGAUUCGUUUAACGUCACUGCUAUGGACAUUUUGAAUUUGGAUGCAUAUGUGGGAUGGUGCAAUAGUCCUGAUUCCAUGGAUCAAAUGCUUGCCUCAUAUGCAUUUUCGCCACAUACCCCAUUGGGAUUUGCACCAUUUGAUGGGUUAAAUUAUACUGAACCAAACAGUGGGGCUUUCCCAAUGGAUGCUGCUGAUUUUACGGGGAGUUUAGAUGACCGGGGAGAAGAAAUAACUUUUCAACAGAAUGAUCAAUUACGAUCUUCUUCCCGUAGUUCUAUUGGCGUGACUGGUUCAGUGGCUGACACAAAGAAUCAAUGCCAUCAGGAUGCCGUUGAGGCUUUUGGAAAUUCUGUGAUCCUAAAAUCACCUUCUGAACAACUUCCAGCGAAAUUGCUUGCAGCUCUGAGGUUAUUUAAAGAGACAUCAGGUGGAGACAUCUUGGCACAAGUUUGGCUUCCAAUGAGAAAGGAUGAUAGGUACUUAUUAAGCACUUAUGAACAGCCAUAUCUACUUGACCACAUGCUGGCUGGAUAUCGUGAAGUGUCAAGAAAUUUCACUUUUGAUGCAGUCACCAAACCAGGCUCUUCCCCGGGACUCCCUGGCCGUGUAUUCUCCUCAAGGAUUCCAGAGUGGACAUCAAAUAUUGGAUACUAUAGAGAGGGUGAGUAUUUACGCAUACAUCAUGCUCAUAAGCAUGCAGUGCGUGGCUGUAUUGCGUUACCUGUUUUUGAGGGCGAUCCAGUUGAAACAUCAUGCUGUGCCGUACUUGAAGUUGUCACAGUGAAGGAUAAACCCGAUUUUGAUUCCGAAAUAGAAAAUAUUUGCCAUGCACUUCAGGUGGUGAACUUGAGGAGUAUCGCACCUCCACGACUCUAUCCUCAGUGUCUCUCAACAAAUCAAAAAACUGCUUUAGUUGAGAUAUCUGAUGUUUUGCGAGCUGUAUGUCAUGCACAUACACUACCUCUCGCUCUCACAUGGAUUCCUUGUAGUUAUACAGGAGGAGGAGACACUGAUGAAGUUAGCAGAGUGCGUUGUAGAGGGAGCAAUGCACACUCAACUGAAAAAAACAUUCUUUGUGUUGAGAGCAGUGCUAGUUAUGUCAGUGAUAAGGAGAUGCAAGGAUUUGUACAUGCAUGCAUGGAACAUUACCUUGAGGAAGGACAAGGAGUUGCCGGGAAAGCUCUUCAAUCCAAUCACCCUUUUUUUUUCCCUGAUGUGAAGGAAUGCCACAUAAGUGAGUACCCACUUGUUCAUCAUGCACGAAAGUUUGGCCUAAAUGCUGCUGUUUCCAUUAGGUUACGUAGCAGUUUCACCGGCAGUGAUGAUUAUAUUUUGGAGUUUUUUCUUCCUUUGAAUAUGGAUGGAAGUACUGAACAACAGCUCCUUUUGAAUAAUCUGUCCCGUACCAUGCAACGGGUUUGUAAGACAUUGAGGACAGUCUCUGAUGCAGAAUUAAAUGGGUGUGAGGGUUCUAUGUUUGGGCUACUGAAUGCACCUACUCCAAACUUACCACCAUUUACACUGUCACAACACUCACUGCAAGGUAACACCUUGGAUCCUUCAGAUGAGGUGCAUUUGAAUGUACUUGGUUCAGAGAGAUCUAGAGUGGGUUCUAACAGUACUCAUCCAGAGAAGAUUGAAUUAAGAAGGCAGAUGGAGAAAAAAAGAAGUCCGGUAGAGAAGCAUGUUAGCUUAAGUGUUCUUCAGCAGUACUUCUCUGGAAGUCUCAAGGAUGCUGCUAAAGCCAUUGGUGUCUGUCCAACAACACUGAAGCGGAUAUGUAGAAACCAUGGCAUUUCAAGAUGGCCAUCCCGCAAGAUAAACAAAGUAAACCGCUCUUUAAAGAAAAUACAAACGGUACUUGAAUCCGUCCAAGGUGUGGAAGGAGGAUUAAAAUUUGAUCCAAGCACAGGAGGGCUUUUGGCUGCUGGCGCCGUUAUUAAGGACUUCGACCCUCCGAAAGGGGUUCUCUUUCCCUGCAAAGAUGUUUCUACCUCCAAAGAAAAGGGUUCCCCCAUCCCUGAUGCACCACCUCCACCUUCCUUUAGUGGUGACUGUGAUGGAAGUCCUGCCAUAAAAAUGGAAGAAGAUUCUGUUGUGGAAGUUAAAAAACUACCUCCAUCAAAUAUUCUUAGCCCAAGAUCUUCAAAUGGGUGGGGUUUAAGCAAUAGUGUCCUCAAGCCCAAGAACACGGACUCUCAUUUUGUUGUUUCUAAAUCGUCGAGUUCCAUGGGUGUUGAGAAUGAAGCAGAGAUGACAAAGAUUACCCAACCGACUUCCUCAAGCAUGACUGAUUCUUCAAACGGAUCCGGAUCCGGAUCAUUUGUGAAUGGCAGUUGCCCAAGCCCACAAAGCUUUGGAGAAGAACAGAAGCACUCGAAGGCGAAAGACAGCAUUUCCAAAAUCACAGUAAAAGCCACAUACAAGGAAGACACGGUCCGUUUCAAGUUUGAGAGCUCUGCGGGGUGUUCUUGGAUCUACCAAGAGGUUGCCAGGAGGUUUCAGCUGCAGAAUGGGACAUUCCAGCUCAAGUACCUUGAUGAUGAAGAUGAGUGGGUGAUGCUUGUGAACGACGCGGAUUUGCAGGAGUGUAUUGAGAUAAUGGAUUGCCGAGGCACUCGCUGCGUCAAAUUUCUCAUCCGCGAUAGAAACCGGUAAAACAUUAGCAAAUACUCAGAAGAUUACCUGGAUAGAGGUUCAUUUCAAAGCAUGGAGAAUGGACCUUACCCUGCUUUCUUUUAGGACAUCAUAGAAAAAUAGAAAUUACAAUCUUUUAUGAGUUCUCUGUAUGUAUUUUUUUAAAAAAGGAAACAAAUAAUAAGUAUAUACUGUGUAAAUAUAGACUUCAACUCCAA